ACCAGUAUAGAGUUAACGUCGUCCACCACACAGACUAGAUAGCACCAUGGGACCACUAGGUUACUAACUCUCCAUCCUUGAUUGGAGUCUAAGAUGUUGAACUAUAUGUGAUUGUGACAGCUGGAGUACGGUACAGAGCGGUGGACUGCCUCAGUAGCGCACGUGUUUAUCCAAUCAGUGGACGUGUAUCAGACAAUCAAGUGAAGGGAAUUACCUGUUGGAUGUUUGCAUCAUUACGGAUGAAGAAAAAUGAGACUCAAUAGUGAUUGAAGGCUGUACCCCAGAAAGCCAUGCAGAGCCUUUUGGAGUCGUUUAGUUAAAACCAGCGUGUUGAUUUUCUGAUUUGUGAUUUGCCCGCGCCAUUGGGCGCUGUAUUGACCACAUCAUAUCGCUCCAGGUUUAUGAGCCGAGAUGUCUCUCAGGACAUGCCGAAUGACAAUCAUUAAUAGUGAGAUUAUUUCACCUUUGAUGCAAAUCGUGUUAGUAAGUUUUCUCUCCUGGGGAUACCUAUAAAUAUCAUGGAUUGGUCAACACGUGUGCACGAUGCUGGCUCCCCCGCUACACAGACUGACGUGUAUGAUAGCUCCACGCUGCCGUACUUCUCUCCCUAUAGUAGUAGUAAGCGUCAGUACGAUCACAGUGAAAGUUUCGCUUCACAUAUCAACAUGGGUAACAUCAGUGCAAAAAAGACGUUUCUGGCAGCAUUCGAUACCGUCGAGGAUAACAUUACAAACUCGUCUUUUGAUGCUGAUGCUUUUCAACUGAAAAAGAAUAAUUCUGUAAUGAGUGCUGGUAUUAUGUUCGGGACAGGUGUCAUAGGAAACCUUUUAGCGAUUUUUGUGUUACUUCGAUCUGGACGGGAGCAAAGGAGAACUAUAUUUUACAGGCUUGUCGCCGGACUCACCAUGACGGACCUGAUAGGAACAACUCUUGUUUCCCCUGUUGUCAUAACAGUCUAUUUAAAUGAUUUUAAAUGGAAGGGAGGACAGGUAAUGUGCAGCUAUUUUGGAUAUUCGAUGGCGUUUGCUGCGUAUGCUACAAUGACAAUCGUCUGUGCAAUGUCCAUAGAAAGAGUCAUAUGUAUCAAACAUCCAUUUUUGUACCAAAGUCGUCUGUCAAAGAAACACGCCACAAUAUUUUUGUUGUGUUGUUGGAUAUUCGCAGCGUGUAUUGCCGCCUUACCUUUGGCGGGGUUUGGUGAAUUUGUGCUGCACUACCCCUAUACUUGGUGUUUCUUUGACUAUUACACCCCUAUGCCCAUACACAAGGGAUUCAACUGUCUGUUCGCCGGCCUCGCCCUCCUCAUCAUAUCUACCACAUUCAUGUGUAACAUGACCGUCAUGUAUACUCUACUCAGUAGCUGGAGAAAGAAAAAGAUAUUAAAUGGAAGUUCUAGGAAAUAUAACGGAUACAACAAAAGAUUCGCUGAGUUACAGAUGCUUGUUCUUCUGGUUGGAAUUACGGCAGUGUUCAGCACCUGUUAUACCCCUCUAAUGGUUCGAAUACUCAUCAACCAGACAGGUGUUGAGCCGGACCUGAAAACAGAUUUACUGAUGAUCCGGUUCGCCUCCUUGAAUCAGAUACUCGAUCCCUGGGUGUACAUCCUCCUGAGAAGAGAAGUUGUCUGGAAGGUCAUUCAGGGGAUCAAGUUUUUGUUCGGAGUCAGAGAGAAGGAGCCAGACUAUGAACUGACAAUCCAGAAAGCCAAUCUAAUGAACGAUGGUGAGAACCAAUCAUGUUGUAGGUUUUGUCUGCAUUGCAUGUGUGAUCCACCAAUGAAAAGACCCCGAUCUGAGUCUCUGUUUUCUACCAGUGAAUACGAGUUACGACGGUCUACAAUAGUUCGAACUUCUCCAAUGCAGAGUAAAAUAGAGGGUCUAAGGCACGACCCACGGAUAACACGCUUCGGCUCUGAAAAGGAGCUUAAUCAAUUACUCACAACCCUCAGAAAUCAAAACCAAAGCAAACGAUAACAGUCUAGUCUAAUAUUAAUUUAAUAUUUGUAUAGUACACAGACCAAUUUUGUUAUUUGUUAUUUGUAUCGUGUUUAUUUUGUGUUUGACCAAUAAAGCUAUUUUGCUGUCGUCAGUAAA